AUGGAACAAUACGACGUCGCAGUUGUUGGUCUUGGCGUCAUUGGAAGUGCAGCGGCAUACCACGCAGCCCUCAAGGGCAAGAAAGUCAUUGCCUUUGAACAAUUCGAACUCGGACAUGUACACGGCGCGUCACACGAUACUUCUCGCAUCGUGAGAACAACAAAUUCGUCCCCCGAAUAUGUUGCGUUGGCCAAAUCUGCAUACAAAGACUGGGCUGAUUUGGAAAAGGCUACGGACCAAAAGCUGUUAACGAUCACCGGUGGUGUCUUCUUUCUUCCAAGAGAUGCCCCCACCCCAAUCGGGGAUUUCACGAGAAGCCUUGACGCCAAGAAUGUGCCAUAUGAGGUUCUCAACGCAAAGGAGGUCAACAAGCGAUGGCCCCAAUUCGACAUCCCCGACUCAGUCGACACAGUGUACACAGCGGACACGGGAAUUGCCCACGCUGCAAAGACUGUCCUUGCUAUGCAAAGCCUAGCCCGAACACAUGGCGCAGUUCUAAGAGAGCAUACCCGUGUGGACCGAGUGACACCGAAAAAGUCUGGAUCGGGUGUCCUGAUUGAAACUUCCAAAGGACAGGUUCACGCAGCCAAAGUCAUCCUUGCAGCUGAUGCUUGGACGAACAAGCUUCUCGCUCCACUUGGUGUGCAUAUUCCUCUAUCAGUGAUGCAAGAGCAAGUCACAUAUUUCAAACCGACGGAGGAAGCAGCCUGGGAGCCAAGUAACUUUCCAGUGUGGAUUUGGGGCGGCGAUCCUUGCUUCUACGGUUUCCCAUCCUUUGGCGAGCCAACUAUCAAGGCCGGUCGAGAUACAUCCAACAAUUUUAUGACACCCGAGCAGCGGACCUAUGUUCACUCACCCCAGCUGCUCGAGCAGCUAUCUUCAUUUAUGGGUAAUGUGAUGCCUGAUGAGGGUCGCCAGGCACUCCGGACUGUUACUUGCCAAUAUUCUAUCACGCCAGAUAGGCAAUUUGUCAUCAGCCCACUGGAGAAGCAUAAAGACAUAAUCGUUGGUCUGGGUGCAGCUCACGCUUUCAAAUUUGCACCAGCCUUUGGUCGCGUUCUGGCAGAGCUUGCUGUCGAUGGGAAGAGUACGGAAGAUUUGUCAAAGUUCGGAAUCCCCAAGAAUGCCACCUACACUAGCAAGCUUUAG